CAAAGCCGCAUAGCAAACCUGUGAGUGUCCGUCCAUCCGCCGUGAUGACAACAAUAUGCUCUACCGUUAGCAUUGUCAAUUUACUAGAUACCCCUACUAUUGACCAGACUCGCGAGCAGAGACAUGAUGGCGUGGUGUAGCUUCGCCUUUUUGUUUUCGAGCGAAUCCUUGUGACGACGCGUACGCAACCGCCUCUCUCUCUACACCUGUCAUAGUCAACGAGGGCUUCAGGAAGCAUGAAGCUCACGUUCAAGACAAUCACUAAGAAUGUCAAGUUUGAGAUUGACAAUGUCGAGCCAGAGACCAAAGUCGCCGACGUCAAGGCGCGCAUUGAGCAAGAACACGGUCAUGACGCAAAACUCCAAAAGCUCAUCUAUUCUGGCAAGAUCCUAGCAGACGAUAGGACCAUUGCAUCGUAUGAAAUCAAGGAAAAGGAUUUCAUCGUUUGUAUGGUAUCGAAACCAAAGGCUGUUCCUGCAGCAGCACCAGCAACACCGGCACCUGCCCCGGCUGUUUCGCUCAUCACGCCAGCUCCAGCAGCGGUAGCAACCCCUCAAGCGCCGAUCCAUGCGCCUGCUGCUGCAUCGGCACCAGCAGCAGAUGCUCCAACACCUGCGCCCGUUUCUGCCGGAUUCAAUGAUAGCAAUGCCUUUGCAGCCGGUGAGGCUCGAACGCAAGCCGUGACGAUGUUGAUGGAGAUGGGCUUUGAGCGUGCUCAAGUCGAUCGUGCUAUGCGUGCUGCUUUCAAUAAUCCAGAUCGUGCAGCAGAGUACCUGAUGACGGGAAUUCCUGAACAUUUACUUGCUGAGCAGCAGCCGCAACAAGCAGCAGCAACAGCAGGGGCAGCUCCGGGUACACCGUCGCCUGCUACAGCGACUGCACCACGUACUGGAUCGGCUGCACCUGCAGCAGCAGCAGCGCCUGUACGAACCGGUAAUUUGUUUGAACAAGCUGCAGCAGCUGCACAAGGUGGUGGUGCGCGUGCUGGUGGUGCCGCUGGCGCAGCGGCUGGAGGUGGUGACAUGUCUGUGGGUGAUUUGGAGUUCCUACGACGUGAUCCACAAUUUCAACAACUACGACAGAUGGUGCAGCAGAAUCCACAGAUGCUGGAGCCGAUUCUACAACAGCUGGCAGCAGGCAAUCCUGCCGUGGCGAAUAUGAUUGUGUCGAAUCCAGAGGCGUUUUUGGGAUUAUUGGCGGACGGAGAGGAAGGUGAGGAUGGCGGUGCUUUACCGCCUGGUGCGAUGCAGGUGCAGGUGACACCAGAGGAGAAUGCUGCGAUUGAGCGGUUGCAGGCGCUUGGAUUUGAGCAGCAGGUGGUGCUGCAGGCCUACUUCGCCUGUGACAAGAAUGAGGAGCUUGCUGCCAACUACUUGUUUGAGCACGGCCACGAGGAUGAUGAGGAGUAGAUAGGCAGCUUGCUGAAUUCAAUACUGCUACUCUACUGCUGCUACUUGACUACUACUCCACUACUCUGCUCCAGUAAUACUUGUAUAUCUGUUCCUGACUUUCGCUGCUGCUGAUUCGUGCGACGAGAAAUUUCAACUUGCAGCAAGAGGCAACAUCAAGCAGCUACACUUCCCAUCAACCUACUUCCCUACCUAUGGCGCUCCGUGCACAGUUCGAGAAUGUACACACCCUCUUCACUGUACCCAUCUAACAGCAGAGCAACGAAAUCGGCGUCUUUGCAACAUUGACCAAUGCAUACUGCCUCGUCGC